CAAAUUUUCCCAUGUCUAAAUAUGUAUAAUCAUUGUCGGUCAACAUCUCAAUAGCGUGACUUCACAUACAACCCUCUGUUCGAUUAUUUAAUAUCUUGAUGAUCAGAUGGAAGUUUGAAGUUAUGGCUGCAUUUAUCUGUACCUGAUUUCGUCUGUGCAAUGUAUGAGUGGCACACAAAAUUUUGAUCCUGUCUCCCACAUACUCAGUAGACCGACGCUGGUUACUAGGAGAAAUUUGCAAGCAGCUUCCUGAAUAAAGUAAAACCAGCACUGAAAGAAAGGGAGAGGAAACUAAUCCUCCUAGUACUUGGUGAGAAUCAAACACCGGUUACUUGGGUGAAAGAGAAAGCACUCAACCACUGCAGUAACCCAUAAUUCUCAAGAUAGUCGAGUAUCUUAAAGUUAAUGUGAACCACUGAACCAUAAAAUAUGGUCAUUGAGGUGACAGACUGUUACAAUGGUGUGUUCUGAUAUCAGGCUACAGAAGAGAGCUGCUUCUAAUUGAUGGUAUCAUUAUGCUUUUUUAGAGCAUUCAAGUGAUGGUGAUAAAUGUCAAUGUCAUCUUUUUGAUAUUUCUAAAUUAUUGUUCUGGCUACUGAUAAAUUAAGUUGCUGAUGUCAUUUCUUGGCUUCUAGUGUUCAUGUAAUUAUAUUAUAUGUAAUAGAUAUUGGCUGUCCAAUGAAUAAAGUUUGACUAGGAUAGGAGAAGAGAACUCAAAUGGAACACUGAUGAUAAAGACAACUUCUGACUUUUCUUUCUUUAGAACUGAUAUAACUCCCUAUUAGGAUAAGGUGCUUCCUUAUAACAUGAUAUUUGGUGUAAAAGUUACAAAAAACCUUGAAAUGGAAAUACUGACAGUAAGCUCUGUUGUGAUAUCAGUAGUCUGUAUAGUAGUUGUGACAGGGUUUAUCAGAGGUUUGAACUGGGUAUGGUCGAGGCCAAAAAGGAUGGAGAGAUUUCUUAGACAACAAGGUAUUUAUGGUACUUCGUACAAGCUCUUGUUUGGAGAUCUCAAAGAUAUGUCUUCCAUGCGCACUCAGGCCUUAAAAACUCCCAUGAAUGGCUUCUCUAAUGAUUAUUUUUCGCGUGUGGAACCUUUCCGUCACCAGCUUAUGACGAAUUUUGGGAAGGACUUCUUCCUCUGGCAAGGUCCUAUACCAAUAUUACACCUCUCAAAACCAGAGUUGGUUAAAGAGGUCUUCACCAGGAUAGAUGAAUUUCAUAAGCCAAAGGUAAAUAUCAUGCUUGCCAAGCUUUUACCUGGGCUUGUUCGCUAUGAAGGAGAAAAAUGGGCCAAACAUCGGAAGUUGAUCAAUCCUGCCUUCCAUGUUGAGAAGUUGAAGCUGAUGUUACCGGCAUUCCAUGAUAGUUGUGCAGACAUUAUUAACAAAUGGAAGAUGCUUGUAGAUGAAAUGGGUUCGGCUGAGCUAGAUGUGUGGCCAGAUUUAGCAAAACUUAGUGCUGAUGUGAUCUCUAGAGCAGCAUUUGGUAGCAACUAUCAAGAGGGGCAAAAGAUAUUUGAACUUAUUACGGAGAAAACUGAUUUAGCUCUUCAAACUGUGCAUUCAGUUUAUAUACCAGGAUUGAGAUACAUUCCAACAGCAAGAAAUAGGAGGUUUAAGGUCAUCGAAGAUCAAUUACAUAAGUCAUUGUUUGCAAUUAUCAACAAGAGGAAAGAGGCACUUGAGGCUGGAGAAGCAGUAAAGUCUGAUCUGUUGGGCAUACUCUUGGAUUCCAAUUCUAAAGAUAUUCAACCAGUUGGCAAUGGCAAGAAUCACCACGUUGGGAUGAGCCUUGAAGAUUUAAUUGACGAGUGUAAACUAUUCUACUUGGCUGGACAAGAAACUACAUCGACACUUUUGGGUUGGACAUUGAUUUUAUUGAGCAAGCAUCAAGAUUGGCAAGCAAGAGCGCGGGAAGAAGUCUUGCAAACAUUUGGAAGUAAUAUGCCAGAUUUUGAAGGUGUGAGCCAUCAUUUGAAGACAGUGACCAUGAUAUUGUAUGAAGUCCUCAGACUCUAUCCCCCAGGAGCUCGAUUGUCAAGAAGAGUUUGCAAGGAUACAAAUCUUGGUACAUUCUCAGUUCCUGAGGGUGCAAUAAUUGCUUUCUCAUUGAAAUCUAUUCACCAAGAUUCCGAUAUUUGGGGUGAUGACGCAAAAGAAUUCAAGCCAGAGAGGUUUGCUGAUGGGAUUUCCAAGGCGAGCAAUGGGAAAAACGCGUUUUUCCCCUUUGGUUGGGGACCAAGAAUAUGUGUGGGGGAAAAAUUUGCCAUGACAGAAGCAAAAUUAGCAUUGUCUAUGUUUCUACAACACUUUUCGUUUGAGCUUUCACCAUCCUAUGUUCAUGCACCAAUCCAAACUUUUUUAUUUCUUCAGCCUCAGCAUGGUGCUCAGAUAAUCAUACACAGGUCUUGAUGGUAUGUAUAAAUUAGGUUAGGAAAAAUUAUCAGGAAUAAUACAGUUUUUUUGCUUAUUUCCCUACAAUAAUACCAAUUUUUGAUUAACCAUGAAUAAUAUCAACUAAAGGGGUUUUUCCAUAUAAUAUACUUAACACGUUAAAAAUCAAACUAUAGGAGAAUAGAUGAAAAAAAAUUUGGCAAAUUAGUUAAUAAACUAAAGUUAGUAUCAUUCUAGGAAAAAACCCCCUAAGUUGGUAUUAUUCAUGAUUAAUCAAAAGUUAGAUCAAAAAGUUGUAUUGUUGACGGUAAUUUUUCCAUUAGGUUAAAACAUCAUCUGUUGCAAAUUAUCAAUAGGAGAUGCACUUUGAUUGUCUUCUGUUUGAUACAUGAACAUUCAUUCUCUUACCCCCUGCCCUGAUUGAUGUGCACUUAUAAUCUGUUAUUCUAGUCACAUUAUUUAUACAUACUCCCUUGGUCCCAUU